AUGGUAUUCAAACGAGAUCGAUACACUUUGGAAAUGUUGCUUUCGGUGUGCUCGGCUUUCGUAACAAAUGGACAAAAAGUGAAAAUAAUCUAUGUAUGUCUAAUAGCAAGCGACGAGGAAAAAGUUGCGAUUAUUUCAUUGAAAACGAAAAGUCAAGCUUGGUCAAAACAUUGGACUACUGUAAAGAAAAGUCAAGAUUUCAAGCUGGGAAUGGAGAAGUCGCGCGAGCCAGAAGAUUAA